UGGGGGCGCCCUUUGGCAGACAUUCCUCAGAUAACCUACGAGUCUGAUAAAAAGGGGUGUUGCACAAGUUAUGAAGGUUUGCCCGUUAAAAGUACAGAAGGCAACUGCUGGAUCAAGUGCUUGACACUGCUGUGGUCCACCUCUUGCCGACAGACAUGUUUCUGUACAUCCUGGGGCUCGUGGUGUUCUACUACCUGUACUGUUGGGUCAGGGAGCUACCCAGGGUCUCUGACAAAAGCAGCAAAUAUGUGUACAUCACUGGCUGCGAUACAGGCUUCGGAAACCUCCUUGCCCGCCAUCUGGACAAGCUGGGUUUCCGAGUGAUCGCCUCCUGCUACACAGAGAAGGGAGAAGAGGAGCUGAGGAAGUCGUGCUCCAGCAACAUGACCACAACGCACCUGGAUGUUCGCUCUGCUGAAGGUGUCGCCAAAGUUGCAGCCAUGAUCAAGGACAAAGUAGGGCAGCGUGGCCUGUGGGCCGUGGUGAACAAUGCCGGCGUGUCCGUCCCCUCCGCCCCAUGUGACUGGCUGACCAUCGACGACUACAAGUUCAUGCUGGAUGUGAACCUCAACGGGGUGAUCGCUGUGACUCUGAGUGUCCUGCCGCUCAUCAAGCAGGCCAGGGGCAGGGUGGUGAACGUCGCCAGCGUGUUUGGUAGGAUCAGCGCCACCGGAGGCCCGUACACCAUUUCCAAGUACGGCGUGGAGGCCUUCAACGACAGCCUCAGGUUGAACAUGGCGCCCUUUGGUGUCAAGGUCCUGUGCAUUGAACCAGGUUUCUUCAAGACCAACGUGACCGAUACUGCCAUCUUGAGCAAGAAUGUGAAGUCACUGUGGGACAAGAUGCCCCAGGAGGUCAGAGACGACUACGGACCGGAUUACCUUCAGAAAGCAUUAGAUCUCAUAUCAGACACGGUUGCCAAGAUAUCAGAUGGAGACCUGAUGAAGGUGGUCAGCUGUAUGGAGCACGCCAUAUCGGCCGUCCGACCCCGGACUCGCUACUCCCCAGGAUGGGACGCAAAGUUGUUUUGGCUGCCGCUGUCCUAUAUGCCAACCUUCAUCUCCGACUAUAUCCUGACAAAACAAGCCAUCCCUAUUCACAGGUCAACACAAUAAGUGUGCUUGUUUUUAACCACACCUUGGCCUGUAUCACUCACGCUAACAUGUAAUAGCCAUCACCAUCAAAUACACGAUUUGAAGAAAACUGCA